ACAGCGCCAGUCUGUCGUCAUCUGCUCAAACAAACAAACCAGCAACAGUUUGACGAGCAAGCUGUGCAUCGGAGACAAUCAUGCGAAGGAAAAAACUUUUAUGAACUGCUAGUGGGACUUUUCGUGCCUGUCCACUUAUCGGCAAAAGUAAAAUACAGUUGACGCCGGGCGGCACAGUUGUGAGAGUAAGAUGAAUUUCUCUGAGGUCUUCAAGCAAACCAACCAACUUUGCAAAGUGUCACCAGAUGGAAAAUAUUUGGCUACCUGUGUACAGUACAGGCUGGUGGUGAGAGAUGUUAGCACCCUGCAAAUCCUGCAGCUCUACACCUGCCUGGACCAGAUAUCCCACAUGGAGUGGUCUUCUGACUCUCUCUUUAUUCUCUGUGCUAUGUACAAGAGAGGACUGGUACAGGUGUGGUCUCUUGAACAGCCGGACUGGCACUGUAAGAUUGAUGAGGGCUCAAUAGGACUAGUCUCCUCGCGCUGGAGUCCAGACGGACGUCACAUUCUCAACACCACUGAGUUCCAUCUGAGAGUCACCGUCUGGUCCCUGUGCACCAAAGCUGUGUCAUAUAUCAAGUAUCCCAAAGCAUGUCAGAAGGGUAUAGAUUUCAGCAGAGAUGGCUGCUAUAUGGCCUUGGCUGAACGUCGUGACUGCAAAGAUUAUGUUAGUGUUUUUGUGUGUGACGACUGGCAUUUACUCAGGCAUUUUGAGACUGAAACGCAGGACCUGGCAGGGUUGGAGUGGUCUCCCAAUGGCUGUGUGCUGGCAGUGUGGGACAGCUGUCUGGAGUACAAGGUGUUGCUGUAUUCUCUGGAUGGUCGAUUGCUGUCAACUUACAGUGCUUAUGAGUGGUCGCUGGGUGUCAAGUCCGUGACCUGGAGCCCCAGCAGCCAGUUCCUGGCCAUUGGCAGCUAUGAUGAAAAAGUGCGCAUCCUCAAUCACAUCACAUGGAAGAAAAUCACACAGUUUGACCAUCCUGCAGCCAUCAACAACACAAAAGCUGUUGUGUAUAAGGAAGUGGAGAAAAGGCCAGCUGUUGGCAGUGAUGACCUUUCACUACACAACAUCACAAUCGGCACCACUCUCUUCAACACUCAGAGCAAAUAUGAGAUCUGCCCACUGCCAGUCCAAAUUCCUGUGGUCAAACCAGACCCAGACCGAGCCAACCCCAAGAUUGGAGUGUCUACCUUGGCAUUCAGUUCAGACAGUCGCUAUCUAGCUACCAGAAAUGACAACAUGACCACUGUUGUCUGGGUGUGGGACAUGCAGAAGAUGAACCUGGAGGCUGUGCUGGAGCAGACAUCAGCCAUCCGCUGCUUCCAGUGGGACCCUCGACGCCCCCGCCUGGCACUGUGCACAGCCACCACCAAACUCUAUCUCUGGUCCCCAGCAGGAUGCGUUUCUGUCCAAGUCCCCACUGAAGGUGGUUUUCAGGUCCAGUCACUAAGCUGGCACUGCAGCGGAGACUCUCUUAUCUUGCUUGGAAAAGAGCAGCUGUGUUUGUGCUACAUGGACACCGACCAGGACGAAAAGUAAAACACACAAAAACACAGGUAUCAAGAAUAAGUGGAUCACAGUUCAGACUUACUUAGGCACAAGCACCUGGCUGGAAAUGUGUUAAGGUGAUGACCAAAAGACUGGUGGGAACACUCCCCUAAAUCUUAUCUUCCAAUUGUAGAACUGUACAUGUUCAUCAAGCUUUUGUGGCCCUCAGUGCAGGUUACUGAGAUGUUCCUUUCCUUGUCAAGUUGAAAAUGUGUUGCAUAAAUAUAACUUUUUAAAUAAAUAAAUUUGUACUGAAGCACUAGUUCCAAACACUGUGAGAAGAUGGAAGUUUACCAAGUUUUAUAGAUUUCACUAUACUUUUAGUUUUACCUAUUUUGUAUGUGUAAUUACCAUGAAACUGUGUAACUAUUUUGAAUAAAUUCUGUCAAAUAA